CAACACAAGCUUCACAACCAAGGGCUAUUUCACAAAAAUAUAAGAAACUACCGGAAAAUACGCAACAUUAAAAAAUAAAAACCAACCUAAAUUGUUUUCCAUAAUCCCCAGCAGGAAAGUCAAUAGAAAUAACAUAAAAAACACCACUUAGUCUCUCAGGGAAAUGACCACAAGCAGUGAAGAUGUCUUGCUACAAAUGGGUGAGGUACGUUACAAGAAAGGCGAUGGAACACUCUAUGUUAUGAAUGAACGCCUAGCCUGGAUGGCAGAAAAUCGUGAUACUGUUGCCGUAUCCCAUAGAUUUGCCGAUAUUAAAACACAAAAAAUCUCUCCGGAAGGCAAACCAAAAGUCCAGCUACAAGUUGUUCUACACGAUGGCAAUACAUCCACAUUCCAUUUUGUCAAUCGUAAUGGCCAGCAGGCCAUGUUGGCCGAUCGUGAUAAAGUCAAAGAAUUGCUACAACAACUGCUGCCAAAUUUCAAGCGAAAAGUCGACAAGGAGUUGGAGGAGAAGAAUCGUAUAUUAUCGGAAAAUCCACACUUGUUUCAGCUGUACAAAGAUUUAGUGAUAACCCAAGUUCUAACCAGUGAUGAAUUCUGGAACACACACGCUAAGGAACAUGCCUUAAAGAAGACCAAUAAAAAACAAAGUAUAGGUGUAUCGGGAGCCUUCCUUGCCGACAUAAAACCCCAAACAGAUGGUUGUAAUGGUCUCAAAUAUAAUCUUACCGAUGAUAUAAUCCAUUGUAUAUUCAAAACAUAUCCCGCCGUUAAACGUAAACAUCAAGAAAACGUUCCUGCCAAAAUGAGUGAAGCUGAAUUCUGGACAAAAUUCUUCCAGUCGCAUUACUUCCAUCGUGAUCGUAUAACUGCCGGUACCAAAGACAUAUUUGCCGAAUGUGGUAAAAUCGACGAUCAAGCGUUAAAAGCUGCUGUGCAGCAAGGAGCCGGAGAUCCUCUAUUAGAUCUCAAGCAAUUCGAAGAUGUGCCAUUGGAGGAGGGAUUUUGUAGUGUAUCUGGCGAUCGUAACAAUGUGAAUAGUGGGAAUAUUGUCCAUCAAAAUAUGAUAAAACGAUUCAAUCAACACUCAAUAAUGGUGUUGAAAACCUGUACAGAUGUAACAUCGACGGGUGGGGCAGCUGGUACGGGGCCAUUAAAUAAUCAGAACAAGGACAAAACAGAAAAUGGCAGUGCCGAGAAGACGAAACAAAAAGAAAACUCAACAAAUGGCGGCACUGUGCCCGCAAGUCCUGAAAAACCUGCUAAAAGACAAAGAAUAACGGAAAAAAUUAUCUACGAAGAUUUGGGAGAACCUCUGCUGGUGCCAGAAGCCAACAGUGCUGAGGCAAAGGCAAGAUCACAACAAAUAAAUCUCUGUAAAGUGGAACGCUACUUACAUGGACCCAUGCCAAGUGCCAAUUUCGAUACCCACGAAGAUCCUCGGCGAAUGGAGGAGAUCCAAUAUCAUUUGUUAUGCUCCACUGAGAAUUGGAAUCAACGAGUACCUCAUAAAGUUUUAGUUAGUUCUACUGCAGCUGUAAAUGCUUUGGGAGAGCUUAGUCCUGGUGGUGCCUUAAUGCGGGGCUUUCAAGAGCAGUCUGUUUCGCAGCUUGUACCACCUGAUUUUGAAAAGGAUUUAAGAAAUCUUUAUCUAGCCCUAUCCGAAUUGUUAAAACAUUUCUGGCAUUGUUUUCCACCCACCACUCAGGAUUUAGAGGCCAAGGCCGUGAGAAUGCACGAAGCCUUGCAACGUUUUAAAAUGGCUAAAUUACAGCCAUUUGAGGAUCGUUGCCAACAAAAAUUAUCACCUUUGGGCGGCACAUUGACACAGCAUUUAAAUCGUCUGCUACAAUCGGCCAAUACAAAAUUUGUAACGUGGCAAGAGCGUAAAAUGCGCCAACAUAAAUAGUUUUUGUUGUGCUGUAGUAUUUCUUAUUUUUUUUACAUAAAACAAAAAAACAUUUGUGAAAUUCCUAUUAGAAUGUCCUACACAUGAA